ACAUGGCGGCGGCCUCUGCGAGCGGUCAGGCCUCGGUGCGCGUACGGCUGCUUUUUGACUAUCCGCCCCCGGGAAGCCCGACUUGCGGGCUCUGCUGGCUGCUGCUGGAGCCGAAUCAAGUGCGCUUUGUUACCGACUUGUGCAGCCUCAUUCGGGAUAAGUUCGGCUUCAGCCGCCGCUCCAAACUCAGCCUUUUCCUCGACGGGGCUCUCUUACCGCCCACUGAAAGCGCACGGCUGGUGCGGGAUAACGACUCUCUCAGAGUUAAAUUGGAAGAGGUUAUUGGAGAAGACAGUUACAAUGCAGCUACCAAUGGUUUCACAAUCCCUUCAAAAAAAGAGAGGAAGCGGCAGAGGCAAAAGUUGGAGGCUGAGGAUUCUAACAGUGAAGAUGAACAGCACAGAACAAGAAAGAAGAGUAAGAGGAACCUUGAGAAAUUUUCUAGCCAGGAAGAAAACAGUGCAAAUAAUCAGGGUUCUAAAAAACAUAAGAAAAAGAGAAAAAAGGUGACAGAAGGAGAUUGUGUUGUGGACAGUAAAAGUGAUGGCAGUACUUCUCAUUCCAGAAAGCUUAAAAAUCGAGUCAACCAGGAGAAAAAGCAAGAGGCAGAGAACAAACACAAGAAGCAAAAAGCAAGGACACCUGAAGCAAAGAACACUUCACAGAAGACACUUUCAGUGACGAAAAUUGCAGUUGCAAAGCCCAACACAAAGAAAGAUGAAACCUCAAGUGAAUCACUUACUUCGUCUGACAGCGACAAUAGUGUUGCAUGCACCAAACAAAUGCUAUCACAUAAAACUAAGGUGACAGCACAGCACACACAGAAACCACAGUGUGAGGAUUCUCCUGUGAAACCCAUUUCUGCCUGUAAACUUGCUGCUAAGCCUAAAGAUGGAGAUUUCCCUAAGCCAGCAAAAAGUAAGGAGGCUGAGGGUCAGUCCUCUAGUUCUGAUUCCAGUUCAGUGGAAGAGGAAGAGCAGCAGAGCAGUAACCUGAAAUGUAAAAUACCCAAUAACAGACAAGGAACUUUAUCUGGCCCGACUUCAAAGACCAAACCAGAAACUUCCUCUUCAGAGUCUGAUAGUUCCGAAUCUGAGACUUGCACUGAUAAACGCACCACGACAAAUACAGUACUGAGUCAGCCCUUGAGAGGAAAUAGUGGCAAUAGUGGCAAAAAACUGUCCGCUACUACUUGUGGACUCACUACAAGCCCUAGUGAUGCUGGAAGGGGACGCGGGAGAGGUGAAAUCACCUUUUGGAGAGGACCUAGGGUUCGUGGCUGUCGUGGGAUGGCCAGGGGAAGAGGGAGGGGAGAAAGUCCUUUUUUCUUUAAUUACAAUGAUGAAUACCAGAAACAGAAGCAGUUAAAUGAAGCAGCAGCCAACACUUCAGUUAUUAUCCAGAACCCACCGGAAGUUCCAAAGAAGGACUAUAGUACACUACCUCUGUUAGCUGCUCCCCCGCAAGUAGGAGAGAAAAUAGCCUUUAAGCUUUUGGAACUAACUGAAAAUUACACUCCUGAAGUAUCUGAUUACAAGGAAGCUAAAAUAAUCAGUUGGAACCCCACGAACAAACAGCUAGAGCUUGAAAUGCUUUCUUUUUCAGUGGGUAAGUCUUAUAUAGCUGCAGCGUUGAACAUGAGUGUUUGUUGUUCUUGUGAGCAUCAGCAUGCUAUCCCCUUCAAAGUCCUUUCUAUUUUUCACUAAUUCUUACAUUAUUUUGGUUUUAACAGCAAACUAAUGAUAGAGAUUUUAUUCCUGCCAACUCUCAGUAACGUGAACACUUGUCAUCCGGUUAAAGAAAUCUUAAUCUGUUAACCGUUUGAGUUUGUUUUGACAGUUUUCCUGGAGCCAGACACCAUCCCACAGGAUAUUCUGCCCCAAUUUCCGGCCUAUCAGAUUACACUAGGAAUUUUUUUCAAUUACAAUUGAAUU